AUACUCUAGGGUAAGCCGCCAUACCCCCCCACCUUGCUGCCCUGGGGCGUGAAUCAGCAAAUGUUGCACAAUGUCGUGAAGCUUCAUCUGUACUCACGUCAUCAGUUCUGGCCAACUUAUCGUUGUAUUUCUGGGCGCUCGGAAUCAAACAAUGGAAGGCCUAUGUCCCCUGGUCACCUCCUGGCAAACAAGGCACGCCGCGGGCGAACCGGUCUCCACCAUCACCCUCAAGAACCUCACGACGACUAGCUUCACCGGACCUUCAGACGCAUGGGGUCGAGCCUCCCGCCCCCAGCCAGUGACACUUUCCGCAGAAGUGUCCUUGAGCCGGCCAUUCACAGCGUCAGCCGGCGGCGACACGGUUCAAGAAGGUGAUACUGUUCACUAUGGCCUUCUGAGCAAGGAACUGAGCAAGAGACUGCUGGAACAUGAAGGCAAGUCACUCGGCGCGGUGCUCCAAGCACUUUGCGAGGGCAUAACUGGCCGUGGUUUGUUGGAAGCCUCGUCCGCCGGAGUGGUGAGCUAUCUCAAGCCGACAACGGUGCGGCUCUUCAAGCUGGAAAUCCUCCUACCGAAAGGGACGUUGUUGGGGUCCGGCGUCAGCCUCACUGGCACCGUGGCUUAUCCAGCCGGCGACGCUAUACGAUCUGUCACGCUGAAGUUUCAUGAUCUGCGCGUGCCGACUUUGAUAGGAGUCAACAGCAACGAGAGGGAAGCAGAGCAGAUGGUGGUCGCCAACGUAGCGAUUGAGAAGUGGACUGAGAUUCAGGACGGGUAUCAUACCAUUGAAAGACUCAUCACAAAGACGAUGAAAGACUCUUCGUUUGAGACGCUUGAAGCGCUGGCGGCGAAGCUCAGUGUCGAGCUAACCCAAUACUUGACGAAGACGUAUACGACACCUGGCAAAGAGGGAUGGAGACUGAUAAUUGCGCUUGAAAAGCCGGUCGCGGUGCCUUUGGCUGACUGUCCAUGUGUAGAGCUGAGCAUUGACACAGCGGACGUUGUGAGCGGGUGAGUGCGAGCGGACUUCGCGCGUCCAGCUUGCUAAUUCUGGAUCCAAUC